AUGGAGUCAGCCCCAGCCGAGCCCGGGGCGCCGGCGUUCCCCGCCACCGAUUCGGUGGAGGGCGUCACCCGGUACCUCAUGGCCCAGAGGAACGCCCUCGCCGAGCGGAAGCGCCUGCUCGAGCAGAAGGUGCGCGAGAGCCAGAUGCAGGCCAUAAGGGACAAGCAACAGAUGGUCUACGAGGAAAUCGAGCGCGAGAAGCAGAGGCAGCGUCUGUGGGCCGAGGAGGAGUACAACCGACGCGAGGGCACGGCCGGCGUGGUGGCCUCGGUGUCGCGCCGGGAGGCCCCAGUCGAGGUCGACCCCCGCUCGCCGCGCACGCCCGGCGCCUUCGCCACCGUGACCGACCGAGGCGACAGCAGCAAUAUAAAGGUGGUGGUAUCUGGUGAAGGUGGAUCGACGAGGAACGUGGAAGAAGAUGACCAUCAUGACGACGAUCGCAGCUACGAUUCCAGCGAUUCGUCAACCGACGAGGACGAGGACGACGACGAUGACCGCGAGCCCAAAACGCCGCCCCCGCCCCCGCCGGGCGAGGACGGCGCGUUGGCCCCGGCCGACGACAUUGGAUCGGCGUCCUACCCGCCAGUCUCGUCGUCGUCUCUGGAGGUGUCGGCCCAGCCGACCACCUCUGGCGGCCUGGCCAAGUACCGAAAGAAGGCCAGCGAAGACUCACAACAUAACAACAACAGCGACGUGAAUGACGCGUCGCUGGACACCCUGCGAGCGCAGGCGCAGGGCCUGGCCCUGUCGCCGCUCGACAUGUCGCCCGCCGACUCGCCGUCGUCGUCCUACGGCGACCUCCCGCUGUCCAACUCGCAGUCGCUCUCGGGCUCGUCGGCCUCGUCGCCCAAGUCGUCGCCGCCGGCCUCGCUCUCGAAAUUUACAGGCCUCAGCGCCGCACCGCUGGUCAUCCCCGUGCCCCUCAUGGACAACGACGAGAUCCGGCGGCUGCAGGAGGAGAUCCGUAAGCUCGAGGAGGAGGUGCUAGAGCAGGAGAAGUUCAAGAAGGAGAUCAAGAGGGAGAGACGCCGCAGCAGCAGCUCGCGCCGCAGCAGCAGCAGCAGCAGUAGCAGCAGCCGCAAGAGCGACCGCCACCGCGAUCGCGACCGUGAUCGAGACCGCGAGAGCAGCCGUGACCGUGACCGUGAUCGUGGGAGCAGCCGCGACCGGUCGGACAGGAGGGAGCGCAGGGACUACGACCGCGAGCCAUCGCGGGAGCGGUCGUCGAGCAGGGGGACGGGGGGCAGCGGGGGCAAGAUCAAGCGGUCCGACUCGUACAAGAGCUCGGCGGCGGCCCCGCGGUAUUCGGUCACUGCGCUGCCGGGCUCGCCCUCGGCGCCAGAGCCCAGGCGGGGCUCACGAGCGCCGCUGCCUCGUCCCGACUUCCUGUCGUCGGGCGACAGCGCCAGAAAGAGAGCGACCUCGAUGGACAUGUCAGCAGAGGAAGACGAUGACGUGGAAAGGAGGGAGAGACGCGAGAGGGAGCGAAGGGAGAGCGAGCGGAUAGCGACCCUGCCGCGCAACUUCAAGGAACGGGAGCGGAAGGGCAGCAGCGGCGGCAGCGGCAGCAGCGGCGGCAGCGGCAGCAGCGCCAAGGCGACUAUGCGCGAUCGGGAUCGCGAGAAGGAGCGCGAGCGGGAACGGGAGACGGAGAUCGAGAAGCGCGAGCGGGAACGAGAGAGGGAGCGGGAGAGGCGGCGAUCGGCCGCGUACACGACUAGGAACAGAGAUCGCGACCGCAACGACAGGGACCGCGACAGGGACCGCGACCGCGACCGCGACUUCGACAAGGACCGCGACCGCGACAGGGCGCGGAGUCGACCACGUUCGACGACGAAGGAGCGAUCGGCGAGGCCGAGCGAGGAUCCGUACACCACCAGGGAGCCCCGCUCCACAUGGGAGCUGCUGUGGGACGACCUCGAGCUCUCCAAGGACGUCAUCAGCCAGGGCGAGUACGGCGAGGUGCUGCGUGCCACGUACUAUGGCACGGCUGUGGCGGUGAAGAAGGUGACCAACACCGACACGGAGAAUGCCUUCCGCUACGUCGAACGGGAGGUCAACCUGCUUCGGGAUGUGCACCACCCCAACAUCAUCCAGCUCAUGGGCUACUGCAAGUACAACCGCGAACUCUACCUGGUGACCGAGUACCUUCAACAGGGUUCCCUAGCGCGCCUCCUGCAGAAGUGCCUCGUCUUCCCGUGGAAGAUCAAGAUCAAGAUGAUCACUGACGUGGCCUGCGGUCUGGCCUACCUCCACUCCAAGUCCAUCCUGCAUCGCGACAUCAAGUCCGAGAACCUGCUUGUGUCGUCCAACUUCCAAGUCAAGUUGACCGACUUUGGCUUUGCGGCCGAGAUGGUGGUGGCCGGGAAGAAGCAGUGGCGCAUGACCGUGUGCGGCACCGAGAACUGGAUGGCGCCCGAGGUCAUGAUGGGCGAGCCCUACGACGAGCGGGCCGACGUGUUCUCGUUCGGCGUCGUCUGCAACGAGAUCAUCACCGGCCACGACGGCAAGCACUUCAGACGACUCGUAGACGACGGCUACGCGCUGGACAUCGAGCACAUCUACUCGCUCGUGCCGCACGACACCCCGCCUGGGCUGCUCCCACUCGCUCUCGAGUGCUGUCGACUCUCCCCGGGUGACAGACCCGACAUGAAGUCCGUCAUCGACCGUCUCAGCGACAUCGAGUUCAAGCUUCCAGCAGAAGAUGAUUACUCGGCGAUGCUGGGACAAGUGCAGAGCUUCCAAAAGCAGGGUCUCAAGACGACCAAGACGAAGGACCGAACAGAGCUGCAGCUCGAAAAGGCGCGCCUGCUGGCCGAGAUCCAGAGCUUCUCCCAGAAGCCGCAAGCGGUGGCACAACCGGGGCAGGCCCAGGGAGGUGACCCGUCAGUGGCUAUCCUGACUCAGCUCGCCAAGCAGCUCAACCAGCUCGCCCAGGAGAAUGCUACCCUCAGGGAGAACAUGAAGAAGCUCGAGGACAGAGGAUAA